CUCUUUAAAGAACUGCAGCAACACUUUUAUUGACAAAUUCUCACUUGACUCAUCUGAAUUGAGUCGCUUGUAGUUUAAUUAUUAUUUAUAUCAAAAUUAAGUGAUUUCUGAAUUUCUUUCUCUUUUUUUGUUAUUGUUUAUUGUUCUAACAGUGUCCAACGGACUACAAUAUGCCAAAAAGAAAUUUGUGACAAUCAUAUCAAACAAUUUGUUGGUUCAAAGCGGUUGGCUGUGAAAAGGAUUGUGAAAAAUUCUUCGUAAAAUAACAUUAUUAUCUACCAUCCAUUGAAAAUGACCCUGGAGAUACCUACAGGUCUUAAAAGACUUGUCCGCUAUGUCAUGAGAGGUUUUUAUACCAUUGAACAAACUUUGAUUGUUGACCUUAUGAUAAGAAAGUUAUCGAUUAAGGAAGAUGAAAUAGAAAACCUUAUGAAAUUUGAAAAGAAACAAUUGCGAGCCAUCUUUGCUGGUCUCAAAAAUGAUAAAUUGAUCAAAUCAAAGUUGAGGAUGGAAACCGGGCCGGAUGGGAAGGCUACUCGUCAAGCAUAUUAUUUUAUCAACUAUAGAGGAUUUGUAAAUGUUGUCAAAUAUAAAUUGGAUUUGAUGCGACGCAAGAUUGAAACGGAAGAGCGCGACUCCACCAAAAGAUCAUCCUUUAUUUGUGUAAAUUGUAAGAAGACUUUCACUGAUCUUGAAGCAGAUCAACUAUGGGAUCAUGUAUCAAAUGAAUUCAAGUGUUCAUAUUGUGGGGAAAUAGUGGAAGAGGAUCCUGAUGUGUUACCAAAAGCAGACUCUCGAUUAAUGUUGGCCAAGUUCAAUGAUCAAAUGGAACCUUUAUACAUGUUACUUAAGGAAGUCGAAGACAUUAAGAUACCUGCCGAUCUCCUUGAACCUGAUCCUAUUGAAGUCAAUGGCUCUACAAUAAAAGUUACAACUAGUGAAGGGUUCGAAGGUAUGGAUAAAUGGAAGACUAAAGACAAAUCACAAUUUGAUAGUGUAAUGAUUAAAGAAACAAGCAUAAAGAUAGAAAAGGAUGGCGAAGCAGUUGAGGAAGUGGUCAAGAAAGAGCAACCUCCAUGGCUAGCCGAAGUCAGUGUAUAUCCAUCAAUGCCCGAUGUUACAAUCACCAAGAAUAAUUCAAAUAAAAUCAAAGAAACUUCAACUCAACCCAAAGAUGAAAAUGGUUACAGUAAAGAAGUAUUAGAGGCACUUCUAGUUCACGAAAAAUUAGAGCAUACAAACGACGCUGCAGUGUCCAUAUUAUCAACGCAAAAUAAUGACUGGGGAUCGGAUGGUCUCAAUUCUUCUGUUAAGGAUGAAAUAAUGAAUGACGAAGAUGAAGAUGAAGACUUCGAAGACGUUAGUGAACCCAUGAUCCGAAUUGGAGGCAGACUGAUUCCACUUGGUGAAGUCAAUGAUGAUACUAUCCAUGAAAUGAAUCAAAUGGAGAAAGAGGAAUAUAUAAGAUUAACACAAGAAGUUUACUCUCAUUUAUAUGAUUGAAAAUUAGGAUUAUUAUUAUUUAUCUAAAUAUAAAUAUUGAUAUUUAUCAAUUGCCAACUUAAAAAUUGUUUUUCUCUACAUCACAUAUAUAUAUAUUGUAUCAUCAUCAUUAUAAAAAAUAGGAUCGAAAAUUGUAAAUUAAUAUGUUCUAAAUUUUUCGGAAUGUAAAAAUGAAAGACAUUUUCUUGAUGAAACCACCAAGUGACCAAUAUUUUCAUAUUCAGAAUGAAAUAUGUUCACAAUCUCAGCUAAAUUUUUUUUAGGAAUAAGCGAGCAUUGUUCAUUCAAGUUUUGUACAGUUAAAUAUCACCUACAUUAAAUUCUUGAUGAAAUUCUUUUCUGA